AUGGAGGAGGGGCUUCCGCCGGGGUUCCGGUUCCACCCGACGGACGAGGAGCUCAUCACCUACUACCUCACACGCAAGGUCUCCGACUUCGCCUUCGCCACCCGCGCCAUCGCCGACGUCGACCUCAACAAGUGCGAGCCAUGGGAUCUCCCAAGCAAAGCUAGCAUGGGUGAGAAGGAGUGGUACUUCUUCAGCAUGCGCGACCGCAAGUACCCGACCGGCAUCCGCACGAACCGCGCCACCGACUCCGGCUACUGGAAGACCACCGGCAAGGACAAGGAGAUCUUCCACUGCGGCAUGCUCGUGGGGAUGAAGAAAACAUUAGUCUUCUACAGGGGUAGGGCUCCCAAGGGAGAGAAGACCAGCUGGGUCAUGCACGAGUACAGGCUCCAGAACAAGUUCCCCUACAAACCCAACAAGGAGGAAUGGGUGGUGUGCAGGGUGUUCAAGAAGUCCCAGAUCAUCAAGAUAAGGCCGCCACAAGGAAGCCCCACGAUGGACGACUCCCUAGGCCACGACGCCAACGCCUCCCUCAGCGAGCUCGGGGAGCUCGACGUCUCCUCCAUCCUCGGCGGCUUCGCGCCGGCGCCCGCGGCGCACACGUCCUCCAGCUCGCCGGGCGGCGCGCUCCACCAUGGCGCCGGCGGCGAGAGCUUCGGCCACAGCAGGGUGGACAUGAGCGCGUACAUGAGCUGGAUGGCGGCGGCCAAUCAGGGCGCCGCGGCGGCCGCUGCAGCCGCCAUGCUUCCCUGGGCCACGACGACGACGCCAGGAUUGUUCGGCAAUGUCUUCGCGCCGAACCAACACCAGCUGGUGCAGAAGCCGCUUCCGUUCGCCGGCCAGCCGCGAGACCUCGGCGGUUUUGUGGGGAACGCCGGAAGUGAGCACGCCAUGUUCGCAAGCUCGUUGGCAAAGGUUGAGAUGGAAUGCGAUCAGCAGCAGCCACCGCCGCCGCCGGAGCAGCAACUGGCAAUGAACGAGUCGACUUGGAGGGCAUUCUGAUCAUCUCCUAUAUUAUAUUAUAUACAGACAAAUUAUUCCUACACCACAGCGAUCAACGACUUCGUUCUGGACUUGCGGCUGCUCAAUUAAUAUAAACUUGUAUGUAGGGGAAUAUUGUAGGUGAUGUAUGGGACAAACCCAUUUGGUUGAAAAACAGUAAAUUUAACUAGAAAAGUUCAUGUUAAAAUGGGACAAACCCACUAGGUCAAAAGAAGUAAAGUUCUACUAUAGAAGUGUACGUGUCUGUCGAUUUGUGUACUAUGUUUUGUAAGAAACAUUAUAUGCUUGGUCGAUUUGUUAUUGUAAGGAAAAGGUAAAAUUUCUUAUUAGUGGGUCUUUGAACUUGAACAAUGUUUCGAUAAUAUAUACAAAAGAAUCUUACUUAA